AAUUCAUUUUUAUUCCCUAUUGAAAGAAAAAAAAAACAGAAAAGAAAAAUCCACAUUCAUGGUUGCCGCCGGAACUGAACUUAAUUGACUCGCUUUUAAUUGAUACUCCAGAUUCCUGAACAACAAUCCACUGUGCGGUCUCUCUAGAUCUCUUUCUUUCUUUCUGUUUUUAUUUUUGGACAUUUUGAUGCGUGGUGAUGGCGGCUUCAGCGGAUACCAUUACCGACGACGGGAAUCAUACGGUAGAACUGACCCUGCUUGAUAACGAGGAAUCGGCAGCUAAUGGUGGCUCUGCAGCAGCGUCUUCGGAGGAGAUAACACCUCUCUUGACGCAGAUCGAGAGGCCCAAGAUCAACAUCUUUUCUGUCUCUCGUUCCCGAAGAAAACCUAGGGAGUUAGUGAUAAAAGCACCAGAAACAGAGAUAUCUCCGGUUUCACAGUUUAUGUUGUGGGCAUGGAGUGGAUCCAGAUAUUCUGGUCUACUAUGCAUGGCCUUAUCAUCUGUUAUCUACUUUGUCAUGGAAGUUCUUUCCGAAAACUUUACUGCUCAGUCAAUUCCUUUAUUUGAGACGGCAUUUGUAAGAUGUACAGUUACCUUGAUAUUAUCAUAUAUAUGGUUGCGAAGAAUUGGCCUGCCAAUAUUUGGAGCAACUCAUCCCAGGAAACUUUUACUUUUAAGAUCACUAGUGGGGUAUCUCUCAUUAUUAAGUUUUAUCUAUUGCAUUCAAAGGAUACCUUUCUCUCUGGCUAUUUUAUUAAGCUUUACAACUCCAAUAAUGGCUUCAAUCAUGGCUAGAAUUUUUUUGCAUGAGAAGUUGAAAAUUACAGAAAUUGGAGGUCUUGCUUGCAGUUUCUCUGGCAUGCUUUUCAUUUUUCAGCAGAUGCUUACUACACAAGGUACAGAAAUGGCAAACCUGUUGCUGGAUGUGGAAGGAGGGCUACAGAAAACUGAGGAAGCAAACAAUUCAAGUUUCGGAGGAAGUAACCAUAUAUAUGCAGCCUUGAUUGGUUUUUUUUCAUCAAUAACUGGUGGAAUUAGCUACUGCCUCAUAAAGGCUGCGGCAAAGGCAACAGAUCAGCCUGUGGUAACAGUUCUGUCAUUUGCCAUACUGGCUAGCCCUGCUGCAGGAAUAUGCACUUUUGCCUUUGAGGAGUUUGUGCUGCCAAGUUUCAAUUCACUAUCUCUGAUGCUUGCACUUGGUAUUCUGUCCUUCUUAGCUGAGGUGUUUCUAGCUCACGGACUACAGCUUGAGAAAAUAAACAAAGCUGCAAAUGUCAUGUUUAUGGAGGCUGCCUUGUCGCAGUUAUGGGGCAUAGGUACCUCAAGCAUAGCCCCUUCUUUGGGUCGACUCGUUGGGUGCAUACUCAUCUUAAUCUCAGUGUCUUUUACUAUGUUUUUUGGACCUGAAAAAGAGAAUGAAUGAGAAACGUUGGUCAAUUCCAUCUUCUUUACCUUCUGUUCUUGCAACAUUUUUAAGAUAUUGCAUUCAUUUUGUUGUUUUCUUAA